AUGGAGAGCGCGGCAGGUGGAGGCCCAUGUCUCGUGUGCGUCUCAGGCAUCCUGACUAUGUUCACCAGGGCCACGUCCCAGACUGUAGAGCGCAAAGACCACGGCACCUGGCAGUUGCAGCUGUUGGCGGGGAUCUACCCCAUUGCCCAAACCCAGGAGCCAUACACUGCAGUGGGCUAUCUGGCCUCUCGAAUCCCUGUGCAGGUCCUGCUUCACCCGCGCCACCCAGAGGCCAAGGAUCCCUCAGCAGAACAUCCCUGGUGUGCCUGGGACAUCUGUGAAACCCGGGCAGAGAAACGUGGUUAUAUGACAGCCAAGGCAGCCCGGAAUGAUGUGUACAGAGCAGCCAAUAGCCUCCUGCGGCUGGCACUGGAUGGCCGCCUCAGCCUGUGUUUUCAGCCGCCAGGCUACAGUGAACCGAAAGGCACCUGGGAGUCCCAUCUGGAGACCACAGAGCUGGUGGUUUUGCAGGGCAGGGUGGGGCCAGCAGGUGACGAGGAGGAGGAGGAAGAAGAAGAGCUGAGCAGCUCCUGUGAGGAGGAGGUAGAGGAGGACCGAGAUAUGGAUGAGGAGGGGGAGAGGAUGAGGACACCCCAACUUCAGCUCCAGGGUCCAGCCUGGCUGCCCGAAACCCUUAACGCCCUACUGGGUGAGGACGAGUGCUGAGUCCUUGCCCUGCACCAUCUGUUCCACCCAGUAUCUCUGCUUUUGGACUGACCUGAGGGUACCUCCCCUCUGCCAUCCCAAUUGUGAAUAAAGAUUGUCUGCUUUGUAAAAAAAAAAAAAAGCAAAAAAAACCUAUGGCACUAGCAUGA